UUCCCCUUCUCAUCGGGACGUCCCUUCUUUUCCUUCUCAGCCUCCUUCUCGUACUUCCCGAACCUUGUGCAUCAUGCAGCUCCUUCACGUCUUUGUCGGUGUCGCCGUGGCCGCCGUGCAAGUGAACGCGUUCGCACCCCGUGUUAUCGAGAGGGAUGUCACUGCUGGUCUUCCGCGUCGCGCGGAAGCCCUCCGCGUGAGGGCUCACACCACUACCAGCACGCCCCCAGCCGGAGGGUCCACUACGAUCGACAUCUUCCCUGUCGGCAUCACCACGACCUUUGUGCCUUCCGGGGGCCCCACCAUCAUCGACUCGUCGCCCGGCGCCAUCACCACCACCUUCGUGCCUUCCGGCGGGCCCACGAUCACCGACUCCGGAUUCACCUCAUCGCAGCCCUUCACCACCGACGCCGGCUUUUCCUCGUCCCAGGUCACCACCUUCACCACCGACGCCGGAUUCUCUUCGUCAAUCGGCACCGGCACCGACGCCGGAUUCUCCUCUGGCACCGGUACCACGACUGACAGGGGCGGGAAGCACUCCAGCUCUGCGACCACCGCGACCGGCAGCGGAACCGCGGUAACCGCGACCGCGACUGGCACCGUUGUGGGCGUCUCGCAGAGCUCUACUACCACCGACGACCACGGCGAUGGCAGCUCGACGCUGACGGUCAGCAACUCCGCGACCGUCACCGCCUCCCGGGCCUCAAACUCCGGCUCCGGCACUCUGGGCAACUCGACCCUGCCUUCAAACACCGGAGGGCUUUCGACGUCGGCGUCGGCGACGGCCACUAACGGCUCGCAGAACGGCGCAGUUGGCCUCCAGGGCAGCGCCGCGCACGUCAUCGUUGCGGGCGCGCUCGUCGUUGCCGGCAUGUUCAUGGCAUGAUCGGAACAUAUACCCCCAUGUUACUUAUACUGAGAGUUGGAUGCGGCCCUCUGGUGUUUUCUGUUAUUCCUUUUUUGGUUGGGGAGGGGGGGUUUCGUUUGACUUGGACUGUUGUAAUGGACUGUGGACACUAGGGAAUGUACUGAGCGUACUAAUGAACUCUGAUUCGUGUUC